AUGGUCAGUAGUGAAGAAAUGAAAAAAAAAGAUAAAAUGUCGUCAACCACAUCUACACCUUUUAGUAAUAACGUUUUCAUGACGUUUGCUAUUGUUGGAAUAUUUAUUCACCUUAUAUUUGCUCUUUAUUAUGUACCAAGUUAUCAAACUUGUUCUGAAGACUAUCAAUAUAAUGAUACUAAAUUAGCUCAUAUUAAAAAGCAUAAUAAUGGUGAUCAUGAAUAUAGAUUUGUCGUCAUUACAGAUCUUGAUCAUCAUAGUAAGGUUCAAAAUUCUAAAAAACCAAAAUGGGAAAGUUAUAUGAAGUAUGGAAAAUUAAUUAUUAAUAAACAAAAAACUUCAGCAAAAGUUUUUUGGGAUGAUGGAAAUGUUAUUUCUAUUAGUUCUGAUAUAAGUGCUGGUGGAAGAGGAAUGGAAUUAUCUGAUUUGGCAGUUUUUGAUGGAAAUCUUAUAACUGUUGAUGAUAGAACAGGAUUACUUUAUAAAAUUAUUGAUAAUAAAGCUUACCCAUGGAUAUUUUUAAAUGAUGGUCCUGGUAAUACACUUAAAGGAAUAAAAGGUGAAUGGAUGACUGUAAAAGAUAAACAUUUAUAUGUUGGUGGUCUUGGAAAAGAAUGGACAACUACAGAAGGUGUCUUUGUAAAUUAUCAUCCAAUGUUUGUUAAAGUUAUUUCUCCAUCUGGAUCUGUAAAACAUUUAAAUUGGACUGAUAAUUUUAUUAAUAUUCGUGAUGCAGUUGGUAUUAAGUAUCCUGGAUAUAUGAUUCAUGAGUCUGUUCAAUGGUCUGAUGUUCACCAUCAAUGGUUUUUUAUGCCAAGAAGAGCAUCAAAUGAAACUUAUACAGAAGCUACUGAUGAAUUUAUGGGUACAAAUUAUAUGAUUAUAGCUGAUGAAGAUUUUACUAAUAUUAAAUAUAAAAAAAUUGGAAAAACUGGUGAUGGUUCUAGAGGAUAUUCUGCAUUUCAAUUUGUUCCCGAAACUAAUGAUGAUAUAAUUGUGACAUUAAAAAGUGAAGAAAAAGAUGGGGUUCCUGUUGCAAGUUAUCUUUCUGUUUAUUGUUUAUCUACUGAAAAAGUAAUAUUAGAUGAAACUCCUUUGUCAGGUACAUUUAAAUAUGAAGGAAUUGAAUUUGUAUAA